GGCGGUGGUCAGGCUGCAGACGCUACUGGAUGGAGAUUCCUGCAGGAAUGCAAACUCCACCGACGCAAGUCGCAACAAUAGCAACACAGGCCACACAUCCUCAUGACGCUACUCCAUCAUCAGCUAUCGUAUGGCACCUCCGAUGGUGCAUCCGAUGGCGCAGCCAACACCUGUACCGUUCUAUCAGCCGGGAUACUAUCCACCCCCAUACGGGUGGCAAGGUGGAUGGAAUCAAGCGGGCGCGGCACGCCCCCCGUCGGCAAACAAGUUCCCGGAACCACGAAACCGAGCCUGGUUCACCAAGGAACACCUCGAGCUGAUAGAGAAAUGGAAGGCGCGCGCAGCAAGUGACGAGAGUCGAAAGAGCGAGAAGGGUGAAUCGAGUGGAGGCAGCAACUCUAAAGGCAACAAGAAAGGAAGAGGGAGUACGGAAUCGGAAAACAGCGAGGAGCGACUGAAGUCGUGGAUCUCCAGCACAUUCGGGACAUCACUAAGGAAGAUCUCCGAAAAGCUGGAAGAGAUCGAGGUGAAGACCAAGGCGAAAGGGAAGGCCGAAGAAUCAGACGAAGAGGGAGAUAGUAAGAAGGGGACGGGAAGCCACGAAAAAAGAAAGAGAGGAGUAAACUCCCCAGCACUGAGCAAGGCGAAGGUACGAUCAAGGACUCGUAACGGGAGAGACACAGUGAUAGUGCGGCAACCCAGAAUCAACAUUUCCUCGGAUGAUGAAGACGCGAAGACCAAGGUCCGCACAAAUUGCGGCAUCGACGUCAAACACGAGUUCGAGGCGAACGGGGGAAAUGAUAAGUUAGAUGAGAUCCUGACCCUGCUAGGAGCACUAGCAGGGAAAGGAAAAGAGGAGGUGCAGAAAGGUGAAGGCGGAAAGAUGGAAGGGGUAAGCGAGAGGGAGGAGAGAAAUAAAAAAAGCGAGAAAGCAAAGAAAGGGAAAGGAAAGGAUGGGUCCGAAAACGAUGAAAAAAGUGACGCAAAGAGAUCAAUUACCGGAGAGGAAACAGAAGGGAAACAAAAAGAAGGGGAUGUCAUCGAGUACAUGAAAGGGAGGUUGGAUUACUAUAUGGAAAUGAACGUGAAGGAAGUGAAGGCCUUGUGUGUGAAGCGGGGUGUGAAGAACGCUCGGAAGGACAAAUGAGCAUGGGAGCUGGCAAAACAAGACGCGGAACAGUAUACGAAGUUGGUGAACCAAGAAGACGAGGGUUAUUCUGAAGGAUCCGAGGACGACGACCAGGAGAACGAAGUGAGCAGCGAGCAAUCGGCCGAUGAGGACUCCAAUGGCGUCACGGGAAAUUGAAUUUUCCCUCAAAACGAGCAUGGCAGCGUGUGAUGAGGAGAAUAAGUAGCCUACUUGCAAGGGCCGAAUUCCGAAAUCG